AAAAAUAACUGGGCAUAUCGGUGUACCAUUGGGUCAUAAUCAUGAAUAGGGACAAACGGGAACCGGAAUAUCCUGCCGAAUUAGAAUCUCAGUUCAUACUGAGGCUACCUCCCGAGCCUGCUAAGGUACUUAGCGAAGUUUUGAAAACUGGAGAGAAUCUCAAAAAUCGUUUGACCAUACAAAUCGAGAACGACAUGCGGCACGGUGAAGUGCGAUUUGACCACUGGCUCAUGCACGCUAAAAUUGUAGAUCUGCCCACAAUCGUAGAGGCCCUGAAAACUAUAGACAACAAAAGUUUCUACAAAACCGCAGACAUUGCCCAAAUGAUGAUAUGCAAAGAUGAACCCGAUCAACCAUCCACUGAAGAUGAAUCUCCGUCUAAGAAUAAAAGGAAGGACCCAUACAAAGUCGACAAAAAGUUUCUGUGGCCCCAUGGUAUAACUCCUCCAGCAAAAAACAUAAGGAAGAGACGUUUUAGAAAAACUUUAAGGAAGAAGUUUGUGGAAGCACCCGAGAUAGAGAAAGAAGUAAAGAGACUGUUGCGAGCUGACAAUGAGGCAGUUAGUGUAACAUGGGAGGUUAUAAACGAAGAAGAAGAUCAGUCUUGUAAACCAGAGCCUGGCCCAUCCGUUAGCAGCAAGCCAGAAAAGAAGCCUAAAGCUGAGCGGCCACCUAAACGAAGCGAACCAAAAUCUACUGCUCCAAAUCCUGAAUCGUCAAAGCUUGUUGACAUAUUUGGUGGAGCUCUCAGCGACAGUGACUUAGAAGAAGAGAACAUUAAUGUGGAGAUGGACAACUGUCGCUUGUCUCCAUAUGACAGCCGAAUGUCGGAUACUGGAUCCAUGCAGGGAUUGGGCGACAUGCAUAGCAAAGAAUCAGAACAGUUUGAUGUACAAAUGUUUCCAUAUCCUGAAGCUCCUAAGGCAACUUUUAGCCACGCUUCUACAUCUGGCAUGCAGCAUCAUUCUAGCAUAGUUUUAACUGCAUUGUCUGAAGAAGAGGAUGGAGACUAUCAGAGCAUGCGGGACAUGAACAAGGACAAUAUGAGCUUCAGAAUUGAACAAGUUAAAGCAGAACUGGAUGAACUGAAACAACGCCGUCAGCGGACGCAGCAUGAGAUUGCCGGCAUGGAAAACCUGGCUCUACGACAGCGGUUCCAAGAUAUACUUCAUACAUUGAAUCAGGAUAUUAUGUAUAAAGACAUGGAGUACCAAGGACUAUUAACACUUCAAAAUUCUGAGGUGAUAUAAAUUGACUGUUUUGGAUCUAACAAUCUUAUUAAUGUAUUGAUGUUGUAUUUUAUCUGCACAUAAGUAUCUACUUAUGUGGAGGUUCAUUAUUAAUAUAUAAGUAUUUUAUAUAGUUUUAAGUAAAGAUACUGAAUUAAAUUGGAAGCUAAUGGAAGUACAGGGAGUCAGCGGAGUGCUA